GCCAAUAUUCACAUAUUUUCAUCUCUUUGGGAUUUGCACCGAGGUAAAUAAAUGUGAGGAACAUGCCUGCUGAGGUAAAGUCUAGAGAGGUCAAAUUUUUUGAGAAUUAAAAACCGAAGCUAUGAGAGAGUUCUGGAGAGAGGUUGUCCUAUUUCCCCCUUCACAAUACUCAAAAAAUUUCUUUCUCAACAAGCAUGGCUCUGUUAGAAAGUUCUGGAGAGAGCUCUUCCUAUUUGUCUCUUAACAGGGGUUUUUUUCUCCCACCAAGACAGCAAAAAUCUGCAGCAAUAACAAGUUUUUAUUGUCUUCAAGCUUUGACAAUCUUACUCAACUAACAAGUAGAAACUAUGUGGUUCUCGAAGGAGAGCUUGCCACGGCCACCACCUCCUCACUAUGAAACUAUCUUGUCGGUGGCAGCUUCUCUCACUGCCUCUGCCAUUCUCUUUCGCUCUAUCAUAAACGAACUCUUUCCCGAUUCUGUCAAGGAAUAUUUGUCUUCGAGCCUUCAAAAAAUAUCAUCCCGUUUAUCAUCCCAGCUCACUAUUGUCAUUGAAGAAUCUGACGGACUCGUUGCGAACCGAAUGUUCAAGGCUGCUAACGUGUAUUUAGGCUCAAAGUUAUUGCCUUCGACGCGUAAAAUCAAGGUACAUCAGCAAGAAAAGGAGGAUGAACUAGAAGUUAGUGUUGAUAAAAAUCAGGAACUUUUUGAUGUGUUUAAGGGAGUCAAGUUUAAGUGGGUUGCGGCGUCUCGUGUUGAUGGGCUAGUUUCUUCUAACAAGAAACGCCAAGACAGUGCCUUUUCAAGGUCUGAGGUACGAUAUUUCGAGCUAGCUUGUCAUAAAAAGCACAGGGACAUGGUUUUGAGUUCAUAUUUUCCUUAUAUUUUGCAAAAAGCUAAAGCAAUAAAGGAAGAAAAAAAGACAGUGAAACUGCAUACUAUUGACUAUAAUGGUCCUGAUUAUUGGGGUUCUAUCAAGUUUGAUCAUCCUGCUACGUUUGAUACAAUAGCAAUGGACCCAGAGAUGAAAAGGGAAUUGAUUGAGGAUCUAGAUAGGUUUGUAGAAAGUAGGGAGUUUUAUAGGAGGGUAGGCAAGGCUUGGAAACGCGGGUACUUGUUUCAUGGACCACCUGGAACAGGGAAGUCAAGCUUAGUUGCAGCCAUGGCUAAUUAUCUCAGAUUUGAUGUUUAUGAUUUGGACUUAAAAGAGGUUCAAUGCAAUUCAGAUUUGAGGAGGUUGUUGAUUGGCACAGGCAAUCGGUCAAUGUUAGUGAUAGAGGAUAUUGAUCGGUCUUUCGAGUCCGUGGAAGAUGAUGAGGUAACUCUGUCUGGCCUUCUGAAUUUUAUUGAUGGCUUGUGGUCAAGUUCUGGAGAUGAAAGAAUAUUAGUGUUCACAACAAAUCACAAGGACCAGCUUGAUCCAGCAUUACUAAGACCAGGGCGUAUGGAUGUCCACUUGCACAUGUCCUAUUGCACUUUCAAUGGUUUCAAGACACUGGCACUUAAUUAUUUGCGUCUUCAAGAGCAUCCCUUAUUCGGAGAAAUUAAGGAGCUGAUAGAGAAAGUACAGGCUACACCUGCAGAAGUUGCUGGAGAGCUAAUGAAAAGCGAGGAUCCAGAAGUUGCACUUCAAGGACUAAUCAAGUUCCUCCAUGACAAGGAAACAUCUGAAACUAGCAGGAAUAAUUGAAAGCUGAUAAGCAUUGGUUUAACAUCUGAAACUGGUCGUGUAAGUUCCUCAUUUUGAUUGUGAUUGUCUGCUUGAUUGCAGCAUGCUUUCUCCAAAAUCUGCUGUGCAGUUGCACAUGGGUUUCGACAUGUGCUUGCUGCUGCAUGGAUAAAUUAUCAGUUAAACUGAAAACGUGAACGGCAAAUGUGAAUGAUCAGGUGAAAUCGUUUCUGUUAUUACAUUGCCGUCUUUUCGCAGCCUAGCAUCCGGGCAAAUUGUUUAUCAGGGAUCCUACCUUCUCCCUCUCUUCCUCUUGGUCAAUGUUCACAUCCCUUACACUUCCCUAUCUACAUGUGAAAAGACUUCAGGCGUAAUUUUUUUUUUAUAAUAAACAAGGCACAACGCUACUUGCCCAAAUAAUGGUCUGUGCCUACUGGUGCAAAUUCUCAGUAAUAAACACUACAGGCUUGCAUUUCAAUUUCAUGUAGAAUAGACAAAAUGCCAGGAAAGCGCUUCUCAUUCUGGUAUCUUCUCUUAACAGCAACACGCCAAUUAAGCUACAAUUGGCCUCUCCUCUGAUUUACUCAACGUACAUCCAAAAAUUGCAUCUCUCCACAGUCCACGCAUAAGGACCUUCCUGAAAAGAAUCAACUUAUCUCACGAAGGCAAACCACAACAGGAGCAACAGCCCCACCCUCUUUUUUAUGGAUGCCAAAUUCUCAUCCAGCGCAAAUUGGAAUAUUACCUUGUAUAUCUGUGGAAGAUUAAUUAUGGAAAUUAACGAAGGUAUCAACAUAAAUUCCUCCUGUGCAGAAACCUCUUCACCAGCAAAACUUCUUUUUCUG